UUAGGUAGGCGUGAAGGGAGAAAAUGUGUAAUAGUCAUUUUGACUAGCUCACGAAGGAAAUCACCUGCUGCAAGCAAAGUCCCAAGUACCGAAGUGGUAUUACCCAUUUUACGCGUCUCGCUCCUCGCGUCGCCGACGAUCGGGCAAGAAGCGCCGCCGUCCUGCCUACCGAGUCCCUGAAACCAGCUUGCCCCUGUUCUGAGCACAAGAGACGCUGGGAGAAGAUUUGACAAUUCAAGGGAAGUGAAGGAGGAUAAAAUGGGUGGUAAUAAUAAUGAAGUGGCUAAGGAAGCAGCUCGCGACAUGAAAAAGUUGGACAUCACUGAUUAUGAAGCCUCACAAGUUAGCUCUUCUUCAAUUAUAUAACAAAGUGAUCUUAUGAAACACAACUUCGAUGUUCUUUAAAUGUAUAUGCAACUACAGGAAAAAAAGAUGCCAAGUUAUUCGACAGCAACAAUAAAGUGAUCCUGUCUCAGACUACAGAAAAUAAUGACGAAGAGGUUCAGGCAGAUGAUCCUCCUUUAAAUGGAUCUGCAGAAUCUGCAAAAAAAAAAAAAGAAGAAAAGCAAAGCAAAGAAAAAGAAGGAACCACUUCAACAAACUAAUCCACCUUCAAUUCCUGUUGACGAACUUUUCCCUUCAGGGGAAUUCCCUGAGGGUGAAAUCCAGCAAUACAAGGACGAUAACCUCUGGAGGACAACAUCUGAAGAGAAAAGAGAGCUCGAGCGCCUUGAGAAGCCAAUGUAUAAUUCAGUCCGCCGAGCAGCAGAAGUUCACAGACAGGUUCGGAAAUACAUGAGGAGUAUUUUGAAGCCUGGCAUGUUAAUGACUGAUCUAUGUGAAACCUUAGAAAAUAUGGUUAGGAAAUUAAUCAAAGAAGAUGGUCUCGAAGCAGGAAUUGCCUUUCCAACAGGAUGCUCCCUGAACUGGGUUGCAGCUCAUUGGACCCCAAAUUCUGGUGACAAAACUGUACUCCAGUACGAUGAUGUCAUGAAAUUAGAUUUUGGAACACACAUUGAUGGGCGCAUAGUUGAUUGUGCUUUUACAGUAGCAUUUAAUCCCAUGUUUAAUCCACUACUUGAAGCGUCUAGAGAAGCUACAAAUGCUGGAGUUAAGGAAGCUGGAAUAGAUGUGCGAUUAUGUGAUGUUGGUGCUGCAAUCCAAGAGGUCAUGGAAUCAUAUGAGGUUGAAAUCAAUGGCAAAGUGUUUCAAGUUAAAAGUGUUCGGAACUUGAACGGGCACAGCAUCGGGCCGUACCAAAUUCAUGCUAGUAAGUCCAUUCCAAUCGUCAAGGGAGGAGAGCAAACAAAGAUGGAGGAAGGUGAAUUUUUUGCAAUCGAAACUUUCGGUUCAACAGGAAAAGGCUAUGUCAGAGAGGAUUUGGAGUGCAGCAUUUACAUGAAAAACUUUGAUGUGGGACACAUUCCGCUGAGGUUGCCUCGAGCAAAGCAGCUUCUUUUUACAAUCAACAAAAAUUUCUCAACAUUGGCCUUCUGCCGGCGCUACUUGGAUCGUCUCGGAGAAUCCAAGUAUCUUAUGGCACUGAAGAAUUUGUGCGAUACCGGCAUUGUGCAGCCAUGCCCUCCGCUUUGCGACGUGAAAGGAAGCUAUGUGUCACAGUUUGAGCACACAAUCUUGCUCCGGCCGACAUGUAAAGAAGUCAUCUCACGGGGCGACGACUACUGAGCAUACUAUAAAAGCUUGCUAUUGCCAUCCUCUUCUAAAAUUUCUCGUUCUAAGAUAUCGACUUUAUAUUCUAUAUCGUAACCAAUCCUUGGAGUGCCAACUCAUGUCAUAGUAGUUGUUUGGUUGUAAGAAAAUAAGGGGAUUCAAUCUUUUUAUCCUAAAUUAUAGAUUAUAAAAUAUCUAUGUAAAAUUUUCUUACUGGGUU